UAGGCUGCGAUACUGAGAAGUGGUUCUUCAGGUGGUUCUUCUGGUUUUGAAUCAGGUGAUGAUGACGGACAGUGGGAGGGUUGAAAUAGGAGGGGAGGCCAUCUUGGGCUUUCUGUUUAGACCAAACCAGUAGCUUUACAGAUAACAGCUGACAAGUCCAACAAAAACCAACAGAUAAUAUCAACUAUCCGCGGGUGAACAUUUUGUGGGGAUGGAAGUAUUUAAGACAGGUGUGACCAUGCAGCAGCCUCUGGCCUAAGGUGCUCUUCUAACCCUAUGCCACACCAAGCGGGCAAUAGACCGGGAGUUUAUGCUUUUUCUUUUUGUUGUUGCUUGUGUCAGUAAUUUCGUUGACAUUUUUUUGGACGAGAUGUUCCACAAAGAACAAUACUAUUGAGGAACAGGAGAGGAGGCAAUCGCUUCUAUCUAAUUACAUUUGCUUUGGAUAACAGCUCCCGUGAGAAGUCAGACUAUUCCUCAAGAUUUAUUCCCCACCACCACCACAAUCAGAAUAAGAACUGUAUAUCACGCCCUUUGUGGAUAGGAUAGACUAGCCCAAGCCAUGAGUACCACCAGUACCCAGAACCCAGUUAUACUGGGCCAUUCCAACCAGAAUGGCCAGCUCCGAGGCCCGGUGGUGAAGCCUGCAGGAGGGCAGGGCAGCGGAGGAGGCAGUCAUCAGACACAGCAGCCCGGCCAGAUGAAGCAGGCCUCCAGCACAAUCAACAACGGUACUGGGUCUAGCAGCACCCAACUGGCUAAAGCUAACCCCACAGCCAAUACUGUCAUCAAGCCUGGAGAUGACUGGAAGAGGAAUUUGACGCUCCCUCCAAAAGACAUGAGGAUGAGAACUUCGGACGUAACGGCAACUAAAGGCAACGAGUUUGAAGACUACUGCCUGAAGAGGGAGCUGCUGAUGGGAAUCUUUGAGAUGGGCUGGGAGAAACCCUCUCCGAUCCAGGAGGAGAGCAUCCCCAUAGCGUUAUCCGGGAGGGACAUUCUGGCCAGGGCCAAGAACGGGACAGGAAAGAGCGGAGCCUACCUCAUUCCCUUACUGGAGCGCAUUGACCUGAAGAAGGACUGCAUACAAGCUAUGGGCAUCGUUCCCACCAGAGAACUGGCUUUGCAGGUGAGCCAGAUCUGUAUCCAGAUCAGCAAACACAUGGGAGGUGUCAAAGUCAUGGCCACAACGGGCGGCACCAACCUCCGCGAUGACAUCAUGAGGCUCGACGAGACAGUCCACGUUGUGAUUGCCACCCCUGGGAGGAUCCUGGACCUCAUUAAGAAGGGUGUGGCCAAAGUCAAUCAGGUUCAGAUGAUGGUUUUGGAUGAGGCAGACAAGCUGCUGUCCCAGGACUUUGUGGUGAUGAUGGAAGAGGUACUAAGCUACCUACCCAGACAGAGACAGAUUCUGCUCUACUCUGCUACCUUUCCUCUCAGCGUGCAGAAGUUCAUGAACUCCCAUCUGUCCAAGCCCUACGAGAUCAACCUGAUGGAGGAGUUGACCCUGAAGGGGGUCACCCAGUAUUAUGCCUAUGUUACGGAGAGGCAGAAGGUCCACUGUCUCAACACGCUCUUCUCCAGGCUCCAGAUCAACCAGUCUAUAAUCUUCAAUCAGAGUAAUCUGCUGGCCAAGAAGAUAACUCAGUCUGGGAUAAUCUUGUGUUAAUAUAUCCAUGCCAAGAUGAGACAGGAGCACCGUAACAGAGUGUUCCACGACUUCAGAAACGGCCUCUGCCGGAAUCUCGUCUGCACAGACCUCUUCACGAGAGGUAUCGACAUUCAGGCUGUGAAUGUUGUGAUCAACUUUGACUUCCCCAAGCUGGGAGAGACGUACCUGCAUCGCAUUGGCAGAUCUGGUCGUUUUGGUCACCUGGGUCUGGCCAUCAACCUGAUCACAUACGAUGACCGCUUCAAUCUCAAGGGCAUCGAGGAACAGCUGGGAACAGAGAUCAGGCCCAUCCCCGGCAGCAUAGACAAGAGCCUGUAUGUUGCAGAGUACCACAGUGAGAAUGGAGAGGAGGUCAAGCUGUGAGGAGGACGAGGAACAGAGAUCAGAUGAGAACCCCGUCCCCGUCGCCCCUCCCCUUUUGAUGUUACUCCGCCCUUCUGUGUUUAUUUUUUUUGGAUAUCCAA